AUGUCCAAGGUCGCAUCUACCUUCUCGCGCCUCGUGCGCUUCGUCCCCAAGUCGAACCCUUCUAAGGUUCUGAUCGGUGAGCCCGUCGACGCCGCUGUAGAUGUUGGGUUGGCCGUCUACCAGGGCAAGGAUGUCGCUGUGCGCCCUUUCUCCGGUAGCUCCGUCCUCAGCCCCGGCCAGAAGACCGACUCGACCGAGACCAUUGAGCGCAUUCUCUCGCCUCUGGCGCAGAGUGAAGUCGGCUCCAUCAGAUGCAUUGGACUGAACUAUGUCUCCCACGCCGCUGAGAUGAAGCUGUCUAUCCCCGAUGUUCCCACUCUCUUCAUGAAGCCAUCGACUGCCCUGUCGGACCCCUGGCCCGCCCCGACCGUUCUGCCCAAGCUCACCCAGAUCGAUAACACGGGUGACUAUGAGUCGGAGAUGGUCAUUGUGAUCGGUCGUGAUGCGAAGGAUGUCAGCGAGGUUGAGGCCCUCGACUACGUGCUCGGAUAUACCGCGGCCAACGAUAUCUCUAGCCGCACGUACCAGAUGAACCAGAGCCAAUGGUGCUUCUCCAAGGGCUUCGACACUUCUUGCCCGAUCGGUAUAGCUCACCUUUGUUACAUAAGUGUUAUUGCAAUUCGUGCUGAUGGAUGA